AUGUCUACUGUUGCAAGUUCCUCAACUGUUAUCACAUCCGAACUUCCUACAGUUGAAGAAGUGAAGGGUUGGAGUCGAGAGGGGGUUAGAAAUUUCUUGAGAGAGAAAAAAGGCAUUUUAGAUCUUGAUGACAACGAUAUCGGUAGAAUAUAUAUUCAGAAGAUUAAAGGCAGUAAUUUCCUUGAUUUUAUUGCAGCAGAUUUUGAGAGAUGGGGAAUACCGGGUGGACCAGCUAAAGAAAUCGAAAAACUUAUUAGUCAAAUCCAAGGAGUCCAAGAAAACAUUUAUGUUAAUGCAGAUCUAACUGUUCUCAUCG